AUGGCGGAAUGCAAACCUCUUUCUACUCCUAUAUCUAUUUCGAAAAUUGUUCCCUUUAGUGCUGACUUAUAUGAUGAUCAUACGCAAUACAGGAGCCUGGAUAGAGCACUACAAUAUCUCACUGUUACACGACCUGAUUUAUCCUUUGCGGUUAAUCAGCUUUGUCAGCACAUGCAUGCUCCUAUCACAUCACAUUGGGAGCAACUGAAACAUGUCUUGAGGUAUGUUAAGGGAACAAUUGGGUUUGUGUUGCAUAUACGGAAAUCAAUGUCAAAGGAAAUUCAUGCUUUUUCUGAUUCUGAUUGGGUUGGUUCUCCCGAAGAUCGCAAGUCCACUAGUAGUUUUGCUGUUUUUUGGGGACUAAUCUUAUAUCUUGGGUCUGUAAGAAGCAAAGAACUGUUGCUAGGUCUUCCACUGAGGCAGAAUACAAAGCCAUAG